AUGCACCAUGUGGUGAAACUGAUGAUAAACACAACUUGCAGCAUAAGAGUCCAUCCCAUCUUUCACCUCAUUAUUCCAUCUGCCGCCCAACCGGUAAUACAUCAAGAAGGUCUACUUCCUAUUAAACACAUAACAAUGCCCAAGGUUGUGUUCCGCUAUUUCCCCGCCAAGGGAAUGGGAGAAGGUUCCCGGCUGCUGCUCGCCUACGGUGGCCAACAAUUCGAAGACGUGCGCAUUGCCCCUGAAAAUUGGCCCCAGUAUAAAUCAAAGACCGUGUUCGGUCAAAUGCCCAUUCUGGAGAUCGACGGUAAGCAGUACGCGCAAAGCGUUGCCAUCAGCCGUUACUUGGGCAGGAAGUACGGAGUUGCCGGAGACAAUGAAGAGGAGGCCUUCGAAAUCGACCAGAAUGUCGACUUCCUCAACGACAUUCGCCUAAAGGCGGCUUCCAUUUACAACGAACCAGAUGCAACAAUCAAGGCGAAGAAACAAGCCGAUGCCGAAAAGAACGUGUAUCCGGACCUCCUUGAUAAACUUAACUCUAUCAUCGUGAAGAACAAAGGCCAUAUCGCAGCUGGAAAGCUUACAUGGGGCGAUUUCCUGUUCGCGGGCAUAUAUGACUUCUUGAAGGUCCUCCUGCAGAAGCCGGACCUUGAGAAGAAGUACCCUGCCUUCAAGCAGAAACUAGACUCAAAAAUGCCUCACGUUGUGUUCCGCUACUUCCAAUGCAAAGCCCUAGGUGAGGGCGGCCGUUUACUCUUGGCAUAUGGUGGCCAGGAGUUCGAAGAUGUCCGCUUCAGCAUGGAGAAGUGGCCUGAGUACAAGCCAAAUACACUCUUCGGACAGUUGCCAGAGUUGGAAAUCGAUGGGAAGAAAUAUUCACAAAGCCUCGCCAUCUGUCGGUACCUGGGCAAAAAGUAUGGAAUUGCUGGAGACAAUGAAGAGGAGGCCUUCGAGAUCGACAUGAACGUAGACUUCCUCAAUGAUAUACGGGCCAAGGCUGCUAUAGUUCACUACGAAGCUGAUGAAGAAGUGAAGGCGAAGAAACAUGAAGAUGCCGCGAAGAACAUAUAUCCUGGUCUUCUAGAAAAACUCAAUGCCAUUAUUGUCAAGAACAAUGGUCAUCUCGCAGCUGGCAAGCUCACAUGGGGAGAUUUCCAUUUUGCUGGUUUAUUGGACUACUUGAAAGCCAUGCUUCGGAUACCAGACCUCGAGGAGAAGUACCCCGCCUUCAAACAAUAUUCGUUUGGUCUCGUACCAAGACACACUUCUAACAGAAAAAUGACAAAGUUUGUUGUAUACUACUUCAAAGUGAAAGCGCUCGGCGAAGGCGCUAGGCUGCUCUUGUCCUAUGGAGGCCAGGAGUUCGAAGACCACCGCGUCGACUUCGAGACUGAAUGGCCAGACUUGAAAGCUGAAACGCCAUUCGGACAGCUACCUGUGUUGGAGAUCGAUGGGAAACGUUACGGUCAGAGCAUCGCUAUUUGCCGGUACCUGGGCAAGAAAUUUGAAAUCGCGGGAGAUAAUGAUGAGGAGGCCUUGGAAAUUGACCAAAUCGUGGACUUCAUUUAUGAUAUUCGUGCAAAGGCUGCUGGAGUACACUAUGAAUCCGAUCCUGAUCUCAAAGCAAAGAAACAGGAAGAUUUAGUAAAAACGCACUACCCUGGCCUUUUGGAGAAAUUGAACGCUGUCAUUGUGAAAAACAAUGGACAUGUUGCAGCAGGAAAGUUAACAUGGGGUGACUUCAUCUUUGCCGGUAUGUUUGACUACUUGAAGGCGAUGAUGCAGAUGCCAGAUCUAGCCAAAGAGUAUCCUGCUUUCAAGGAAGUGGUUGAUAAGGUUUAUUCUAUUCCUAAAGUGAAGGCGUAUGCUGAUGCAGCCCCAGUGUCUCCUCAUGGUGUUUAA